AUGGCAGCUUAUGAUACCUUGACCAUUUCAUCGUCAACCACGCCUCACAACAUUUUACGAUUAACAGCUCCCGAUCUAGGGAGUAAUCAAUUCAGCAUGAACACCUUUGAACACGGUUUAAACUUCGAGGCAGAUGGGUUGUUGGACGAUAUCAAUACAGGAAUGCCCUCAUUACCCUUCACGCCCUCGUACGAAUUAUCCGAUGCUUUCUCUACUACAUUUGAAGAUCCCUUUUCCUACCACUCUGGCCCUUUCGAAUCACUUCUCGAUGAUCCAAAUCCCGAAAAUAAUGGCGAUAGCAAUUCUAGCGAUCCGGACAUUAAAUUACUCGGCUUUGGCGCACCAAUAAUGAAUGUACCGAUCUUGGAUGAAAAUGGACAGACUUGGCCAGCUAUGACCGCAGAAUUAUAUGGAAUGUUCUUUGUGGCCGAAGAUGUAUUUGGUGGUGAGACUGCGGGAAGGCCAAUGGAACUGACUUGUUAUCGGCGGAAUCUAUUUCAGAUUUCUGGGACCAUUAUUUUAUCGAGAUCUAUUGCGAGAAUAAUAAAUGAGCAAGGCCAACAAGUUCCAAUAUAUGAUUUAAAUGCGACGAUAUCUGCGCUAGAAAGCAUUGAGGGAAAAAGCACAGAGAUUAUCAGUGUACCGUGGAAGACAGCGAAUGUGACGACGUCUGAGGAUAAAGCUGGCGCAGCACCACCGCAAUGGCCCUUGGACCUGAGCAUCAAUCCAGAGUUGGAUCCUAGAUGCGUGUCUAUUCCUAUAGCGUGGAAGCGAUUACAAUUCAAGCAUGCAACGGCAAAUAAUGGGAGAAGGAAAGGACUACAGCAACACUAUGUUAUACAGAUUAAUUUGAUGGCCACAUUAGCCACUGGAGAGAAGACCAAGUUAGCAGAGAUUCAAUCCGGGGCAAUUAUCGUGAGAGGAAGAAGUCCGAGAAAUUUUGAUAGCAGGAAAGAUGUUCCUGUUAGUGAUAAGAAGGGAGAGCCAAAACCUAGGACUAUGAGCAAUGAAGCCGGACCGGCGGUGAAAGUUGAUCCGGCUACCACUCAAUCUUCCUAUCGCUUCUACGCUCCAAAUGCUAUUCAGCAACCACCAGACUUACCUGAUUGGCCAAGUCUCGCAUCUCCAUCUCUACCAUCCGAGCCACCAACCCCUUCACCGCGUACAAAGAAAACGUCUUCUCACAAUCGUCCUCCAAUUCCCAAAACUCGUUGGAAAGUAGAGUCUUCGACCACCAAGUCUAUACCCCAAACCACCACAGCCCCGAUAGAUCUGUCUCUCGCUGAUGACGAUACGGCAUAUUCAAACUCCCAGGUUCCUUCUAGGAAUUCAUCGGGUGUUUCGGAUAGAGAUAGGGACAGAGGAGCAGGUCAGAGAGGCAGUGCCGAGAAGGAUGGUGGAGCUAAUGCGAAGACUGGUGGGUCAAAGAAAGCGACCAGUAUGAGUAGUCCCGAAGAUAAUGAGGAGGCGCUUUAUGAGUACUUCCCAUUGAGUUUGGAUGAUUGUUGCGUCAUCAUCAUGAUCACCAAGAAUGGAUUGUUGAGAUUAGAGGUGCAAGCCAAAACCGAGUUUCAAAGUCACUAUGAAAGGAAUACGCUGACAGGGAAAUAUAGGAUGCCACCAGUAGAUGCGAUUUAUAGACCUCAUGUUGUACAUCAUACGGUUGUUCCAGCAGAUUUAAAAACACUACAGGGAAAGGCCAAGACCAAGAGAUACUUUUCAGCGGACGAUUAA